CAGUCAGAUAAUGAACCAAUGGAAGAAGAAUAAUGCAUUUUUUGUAGAGACCAGAGCAGCAAAACAUGUGCUUAAAUGUAUAAAGGAAAACAGUUGUGUAACUAUUACUGCUAGUUCUGGUGUUGGGAAGACAUCAACUCUCCAGCAUUCGGUUUUGAAAAUGGCGGAUGAUGGUUACAUGUAUGAUGUACUACUGGUAACAAAUCCAAAUGACAUUGUUAAGUUUUAUAAUCCAGAACAAGAGACAUUGUUUGUUAUCGAUGACUUUUGUGGAACUUAUUCCGUAAAUCAAUCUGACCUUAACAAUUGGGAACCGGUUAUAAAGCGUGUUGAAGAAUUCAUUAAAAACAAAUUGACAAAAAUCAUCGUCGCUUGUCGGUUACAAGUGUAUAAAGACGAAAAAUUUGAAUCUUUAACAAUUUUCAGAACCAAAGUUUAUAAUUUGUUAUCAGAAGAUUUGUGCCUGUUACAAACGGAAAAGAAGUCAAUAGCCGAGUUUUACAUGGGAACAGAAGCUGCAGAUAUAAUUCAAUAUAGUGAUAAAUAUGAUUGUUUUCCACUACUGUGUAAAUUGUAUCAUGAUAAUCCUGACCUCAAAAAUACAGAUUUCUUUGAAAAUCCAUUCUCAGUGUAUGAAGUAGAGAUGGAACAACUAAGGAAGAAGGGACACUUUCUUAAAUACUGUGCACUGGCUUUGUGUGUCAUUACAAACAAUGCGUUGCCGGAAGAAAUGUUUACAGAAGAGAUAAGUACUGUAAGAAGAACAGUCAUCGAGAACACAUGUGAAGCAUGUAGAUUAGACAAGGGAACAUCGAGAUUAUCCCUAUUGGAUGAACUUAAUUCGCUUGAAGAGACAUUCAUUAAAAAAGAACACGGUGUAUACAAAACUGUUCAUGAUAAACUUUUCGAUUUUUUAUCUUAUUAUUUUGGAAAAAAGAUGAUUCAGUGUUUAAUCAGGAAUGCAGACAGUAAUUUUUAUCAUGGAAAGAUUUUUAUUUGAAAGAGAAAACGACAUGGAUAGCUUCAUCACAAUUGUUCCACCCAAAUACCAUCAAAUUUACAUACAAAGACUAGUCGAAGAUUGGUCAAUGGGCAAAGUAAUGCAUGUGUUCGCUAAUAACAAUAUAGAUCAAUCAAAAUUCAGACAGAAACUUUUGAUUUAUUUGAACACACUUGAUAUAUCACAACAAAAACAACUAGCUGAGACCCGUUUUGUUAGUUUAAAAGAUACUGUCUUGUUACAGUGCUGUUUUAGAGGUGACAUUCCUUUUAUUCAGUGGUGUUGUAAUCAAGGAGUUGAUGUUAAUCUUUGUAGGUUUGAUGGUACUAGUCCCUUAUUUGCAGCAUCAGAGGAAGGCCAUAUUCAAGUUGUAAAGAUCCUUUUGAACAAUAAAGCAGAUGUUAAUAAUUGUAGAUUUGAUAGAACAUCUCCCCUGUUUGGUGCUUGUCAGUAUAAUAAUGUAGAUAUAGUAGAACUAUUACUUGAAAACAAGGCAAACGUUGAUCAGGCUAGAAGCUAUGAUGGUUUAACUUCCCUGUGUGUUGCUUGUGGAGAAGGUUUUAUAGAUAUCGUAAAAAUGUUAAUUACUUACCAAGCAAAUAUUAAUGAAUGUAACAGUUGCGGAUAUACUCCUCUGUUGUUGGCCUGUCUAAAUAGUCAUGUUGGUAUAGUAAAGUUGUUACUGGAAAACAAGGCAGCCAUUAAUGAGUGUAGUAAUAGUGAAACUUCUCCGCUGUGUGUUGCUUGUCAGAACAUUUACAUUGAUAUUGUAAAGAUUUUGCUUGACAAUAAAGCAGACAUAAAUAUUUGUGAUGAUGGUGGAGAAUCGCCUUUACUUGCUGCCUGUGAAAGAGGAUACUUUGAUAUAGUAGAGCUUUUACUGGAUAGUGAAGUAGACAUAAAUAAAUGCUUAGAUGGUCUACCAUCAGCCUUAUAUAUUGCUUGUGCGAAUAAUCAUAUAGGUAUAGUGAAGAUGUUGCUAGACAACAAUGCAGACAUAAAUCAGUGUCCCAAAACUGGAGCAUCUCCACUGUUUGUUGCAUGUCAAUAUAAUCAUGUAGAUAUAGUGAAGCUGUUACUAGAUAACAAGGCAGACAUUAAUAUGUGCAGAAGUAGUAUUUCACCUAUUUUUGCAGGUUGUCAUGAAGGUCAUAUAGAAAUAGUAAAAAUAUUACUUGAAAAGGGAGCAGAUAUCAACAUAUGUGCGAGUGAAGACGGAUCUCAUUUCUUCUCACCCAUGCAAAUAGCUACCAAAAAAGGCCACAAUGAUAUAGCGACUUUGAUUUUUGAUUAUUCCAACAUGCAAUCACUAGUUUCAGAAGAAAGCAGAUAAAAAGUGAUAUAACUGAUUCUUAUAACUCUACAUAUAGUAACAAUGUUAUUGAAAAACAAAUUAAUAUUUGAGUAUAAACUGUCGUUGCACUGAGUCAUUAUAAAUUCGUUUUAGGUUUAUGAUUUAAAAGAAUACAGAAAACAAGUUACUUAUGAAA